AAACCUCAAACUUCAAAUAUGUAAUAAGGAGAGGAGCCAGUGGGCAUUGAUUUGCCUUUGCCAAAAUUCGGCUUUACCUCUGUUUACACAUCAAUGUCAUUGGCCCACCUCCACCGGCCCCAACGCCGCCCAUUUAAUGAAGUAAAAGAAAUUUAAGUCACGUACUUUCCUUCAUUCUUCAUUCUUCAUUCUUCAUUCAAUAGUUGAGCCCAACAUCAAAUUAAAGCCCAAUAAUCAAAAUCCCUGUUUUUUUUUUUAAGAAAAGAAAUAAUGCAACACAUUCUUCCUUUAGGACAGUCACCAUCUCCAUCAAGCGAAAACUCCCAUCAAGCGAAAACUCCUUUUGAAAAAAAAUCUCCUUUUUUGUUUAAUCCGCCAGCUUGAGCAAUUUACGCAGGGAAUUCAGAGGAUAAAACACGAGAGUUUUUCCGAAAUGAAGAACGGAAUUAGCUUUUUGAAGUCGAUUUUACUGUUUCUAUCACUCUCAUUAGUGCUGGCUAGCUCCAAAUUGCACGGAAACCCAGCUCAUGAAAUGGUGGGCGUCUUGAACCAGAACAGAACAGCUCAGAAACUCGGCAAACUAAAUGAGAGUCCUGGUCUUGGCUGCAUGGCCCUCCAGUAUGUUGAGCUCUGCGAGGGGAAUUGCAAUGUCAAUAACACUCUCAGCUGUGACCCCCCUGAAGACGACUUCACUCAGGUGUUUGCUCCAAACUGUGGUGUAGAACUCCCCACUUUUGGUACCAUAACUGGCCAUAUCCUCGGCUGCAGCUCAAAGUAUGCAGCCCCAGAAGUCACUUUCUCAGACAUUCUCUUUAGAGAUAACAAAGCGUUAUCGGUGCUCAGAAACAGGUCGCAUACCGAGGUUGGAGUGGGAAUGGCAAGGUUGCAUAAAGGUACCUUCUUUUGGUGCCUUCUCUUUAGCGAUGGUGUGACAAACUCCUCCUUUGCUCUGGAAGAUAACGGCCGGGGCAUCAAACAAAGAAAAGGCUGCUACAGCGGAAGUGCUUUUCCUUGCAGCAGCAAUGCAUACAUGAUGUGUAUGCGUCUACUGAACAGCUUUCUGGGACUUGUCUUCUCUUCCUUCUGUCUAUUCGAGAAACACCUUAAGUCUUGAUUCUGAAAGGCAAACCAUUUGCUUGUUGUUUGUAAAGACUAAAGAAUAGAUGGCACACUUUGUUAUUGAAUCACCAAAUCAAUGUUUUCCUUAA